GCGAGCUCAGGCGCGCGGCAGAGCAGACCGCUGAUGAAGCGCGAGGCAACGGCGGGAAAGUUCUGCAGCUCGAUCAACGGAUAACUCUGGACGAGUGCUUCAUUCAGCAUGUUUUGCCAUUUGUACACCUUCGUUUGAGAUCUGGAAGAGUGCUUUAAGCUUACAACCAUGAUCUGGACUAUUUUGUUGCCGUAUUGUGUGACUUUUGUGUUGGGAAAUAAGACCGACGAACGAAUACCAUUCUUUCACGGGCAUGUGUUUGAAAACUCUCCGGCCGGCUCCAAAGUGAACGGGUUGAGUAUCCCGGUGAAGCGCAUCGACCCGCAGAGAUGGUGCGCAAAGUCUGGCAUGCACCUGAAACUCCAGGGCGACAGGAGUGAAGAUUUUCACGUCUUCGCCCACCAUAAACGAGGACAUAUAUUACUAAAAACCUCUAAACUGCUCGAUAGAGAGGAGCGCUCAGAUUAUUUCCUCAGUCUGGCGCUGUGCUGUCAAAGCUGCGCCUUAACCGAGCGCGUUGUGGCCGAAGUUGCGUCUAUUAAAGUGGACGUGCUCGACACUAACGACCACGAGCCCGCUUUUCGCCACUCAGAUGUAAAAAUAACUUUAGACGACGCCACGGCCCUGAGAACCGUCGUGUACACGGUGAAAGCAGAGGACAUGGACAGCGGCAAAAACGCCGAGCUUAUAUAUUACGCGCUGCCGAAAAACGGCAGCUUUUAUGUUGUUCCCAAGACCGGCGAUAUUCUCCUCGUGGACUCCAUACUCGGUCUCGCGCACCCUAUAAAGUUUAGCGUGUAUGCGCGAGACCACGGGUGGCCCGUUCGAACCAGUCACAAUAUGGAUAUAGAGAUAAGUCCGCGCCAAUGGCCAGCCGUUUCUCAGCUCGAUAACGGACUCUCGAGAAAGUCUCGUUCCGUGAUAGAACCAGACAAGCCCAUCAUUGUCACAGUUUCCGAAGACGCAAGCAUCGGUUCGGUUAUAAUGAACCUGCACCCGGUGAGAUUUCAGUCUGCCAGCUUUGAGCUGAUACACCCUGACCCGGAUAACUCUCCGGUUACCGUGAGUCGGGACGGCGGAGAUUUGGUUAUAUCGAGGCGGCUGGACCGAGAGACGCAGCCGUUAGUGGAGAUAACUGUAAAAGUGCAAGAUAAGCGAGGUGCAGAGUGGUAUACAGUGAGAGUGGAGCUGACAGUGAUGGAUGUAAAUGACAAUGCUCCAGAAUGGACAAUGGUACCGUUCCCCUACCUGAGUGUGGUAUCUCCUAGUGCCCCACCCAACUCAUUAGUCUAUAAGCUUCAAGCCAGAGAUGGUGAUGAGGGCAUCAAUGGAGAGGUGGAGUACUUCCUAUCUGAUGGAGGUGAUGGAAGGUUUGAGGUGGACAGGAAGAACGGCUAUGUGCGGACCACAGGUUUACCCCUGCAGAGAGAUAGAGAAUACUUGCUUACCGUGGUGGCUGCUGACCGUCAGGGCAGCCGCAGCCCACCUGCCCUUGUGUCUAUUGUUGCAGGUCCAAGAGCUCCACAGUUCACCAAUGUCUCAUAUACAAUCUCUAUUCCAGAGAACACUCCAGAAGGACAGCCUUUCAUCGUCACUCCAGCAGUGUCCUUCCAGAAACAGCCAAUAACAUACAGCCUGCUCAUCAAUCCCAGCAGUCUUUUCAGCAUCCAUCAGGAGUCUGGGGAGAUCAGUCUGACGCGCAGUGUAGACUACGAGAGCGAUCAGCACCGUUAUCUGCUGCUGGUGAGGGCCAGUGAGAACCAGGACAGUCUCAGCAGUGCUGCUGAGGUUCGAGUAAUCAUCACAGACGAGAAUGACUGUGUCCCAGAAUUCCUGCAGUCCAUUUACAGCAAGGAUGGUGUCCCUGAGACGGUCACUACGGCAACAUCACUUCUGCAAGUUUCAGCCAGUGAUUGUGAUUCGGAACAGAAUGCUGAGAUCACGUACUACACCCUAAAUCCAGAUUUCAUUAUUUCGGCACAUGGCACCAUAUUCCCAGCAGGCCCUUUGGAUUACGAGAGGCUUAACCUGUAUGAGUUUGUGGUAAUGGCAGUGGAUAAGGGCGAGGUGCCCCGCACCGGUACAGCUACUGUGCGCCUUCGUAUGGCCAACGUCAACGAUGAACCUCCAGAGUUCUCGCAGCCUGUAUAUCAGACCUUUGUCUCUGAGGAUGCAGGGCCCAACACUCUGGUCGCAACAGUUCUGGCCAAGGAUCCAGAUGGUGAUGGGAUCACAUACAAAAUUACCUCAGGCAACGAGGAGGGCAACUUUGUCAUCGACAGUCAGAAAGGAUUGAUCCGUCUCCGCUCCAGUCCUCCACCUAAACUUCAAGGAAUGAAAUAUACUCUGAACAUAACAGCAACAGAUGACAAUGCCUCCGGUGGUCCCCAGUCCCUCUCUGCCACUGCCCAGGUCAUUGUUGGAGUCGAUGAUGUGAACAACAACAAGCCUGUGUUUGAAAAGUGUCUCGAGUAUAAGGACAGAGCCUCGGUUUUAGAAAAUAAGCCAGCUGGGACAUUUGUGCUACAGGUUCAUGCCGUAGAUGCUGAUGAAGGAGCCAAUGGAAAAGUAACAUAUGGGUUCAUGCAUAAAGACAGCACUGUUCCUGCAUUCAGCAUCGAUCCAGAAACGGGUGCUAUUGCAACUGCAAUCAAGUUUGAUCGUGAAAGGCAGAGAGAGUACGCGGUAACAGUGACGGCCACCGAUCAAGCGGCAGACCCGCUCAUAGGCAUCUGCCAACUCAACAUCCAAAUCAUGGAUGAGAAUGACAACAGCCCCAAAUUUGAGAACUUGCGCUAUGAGUAUUUCCUGCGAGAGGACACAAUGAUCGGUACCAGUUUUCUGCGAGUGGCUGCACACGAUGAUGAUUACAGCACUAAUGCAGCCAUCACUUACUCCAUGUCUGGAGAACAGCCAGAGUACCUGCGAGUAAAUCCUCUCACAGGCUGGGUCUACGUAAACCAACCCAUCUCUCAGAGGACCUACAUCAGCAGACAGAUCAUAGCUACAGAUGGAGGAAACCGCAGCAGUUCAGUUGAGCUGGCAGUCACCAUUACUAACGUGAAGAACCAGCCGCCGCAGUGGGAGAAGGACAGCUACGAGGUUGUCAUACCUGAAAACACUGUCAGAGACACUCCAGUUGUGACUAUCAAGGCCACUUCUCCACUGGGUGACCCAAGAGUGACUUAUAACUUGGAGGAUGGAUUGGUUCCAGAGAGCAACAUGCCUGUUCGUUUCUAUCUAACCCCAAAUCGUGAAGAUGGCUCCGCCUCUAUCCUAGUUGCAGAGCCCCUGGAUUAUGAGACCACCCGCCACUUCAUGCUAAGGGUUCGAGCUCAGAACGUGGCUCCUGUACCACUAGCAGCAUUCACCACUGUUCACAUAAACAUUACAGAUGUCAAUGACAACGUUCCAUUCUUCACCUCCUCUAUAUAUGAGGCAUCUGUGUCUGAAGGAGCAGAGAUUGGGACUCUUGUUCUUCAGGUGUCAGCCAAUGAUCUUGACCUGGGACUGAAUGGAAAGAUCUCAUACUCCCUACUGAAUGACCGCAGUGGAGAUUAUCAGUAUUUCCGCAUUGAUCCUGAGCUUGGCAUCAUCCACACAGAGGCUGUGUUUGACCGCGAGACCAAGGGAUCAUACCUGUUGGAGGUGAAGUCAGUGGAUAGCUGGGAGUCGUCCAGGCCGGGAAAGCAUGGGCAGCCCAACUCAGAUACGGCAUACGUGCGCAUUUUCAUCAGUGACGUCAACGAUAACAAGCCGGUGUUUUCGCAGUCCGUGUAUGAAGUCGACGUGGACGAGGACGCCGACAAGGGCUCCACCAUCCUCACCGUUAGCGCUAAUGACGGAGAUGAUGGUGCCAAUGCCAAGUUACGCUACCAGAUUACAUCAGGUAACGUGGGAGGUGUUUUUGACAUGGAGCCUGAGGUGGGAACCAUUUUCAUCGCCCAGAAGCUGGAUUAUGAACAGAACAAGCUUUAUAAACUGCACGUCUUGGCCUCUGAUGGGAAAUGGGAAGAUUAUGCCACUGUAAUAGUCAGCGUUGUGAAUAAGAACGAUGAAGCACCCGUUUUCUCUGUGAACGAGUACUAUGGCAGUGUCACUGAAGAGCUGGAUGGUUCUCCUGUGUUUGUGCUACAGGUUACAGCCUCCGACCCAGACAAGGAUGCUGACCAGGAGGCUUUGAGGUACUCUUUGCAUGGUCAAGGUGCUGAGAGUGAAUUUAUCAUUGAUGAGGUCACUGGGAAGAUUUAUGCCCAGAGAACAUUGGACCGUGAGGCACGGGCUGUGUGGCGUUUUGUAGUACUAGCCACUGAUGAGGGCGGCGAGGGCCUAACAGGAUUCACUGAUGUCAUAAUCAAUGUUUGGGACAUAAACGACAACGCUCCCAUUUUUGCUUGUGCACCUGACAGCUGCCAUGGCGAUGUAGCAGAGAAUUCCCUGCCUGGCAGUCCCAUAAUGGAGAUGACCGCCACUGAUUUAGAUGAUGCAGCUGUUGGACAAAAUGCAGUUCUGGCGUACAGAAUUGUGGGCAAUGCCGCGCUGAAUGGCGGCAACAGUGGAGCAGAUGUGUUUAGCAUCAACCCUGCUACUGGAACAGUUUUAGUGGCAAUGUCUGGCCUAGACAGAGAGCAGACUGACACGUAUGUCUUGGUGGUGGAAGCAAGAGAUGGUGGAGGUAUGACGGGAACGGCGACGACAACUAUACACGUAACGGACGUUAAUGACCACGUGCCACGUUUUUUGGACCGCUCGUGCUCGGUUCGUAUACCUGAGAGCAGUGAGCCCAAUACAGCAGUCAUUGAGCUGGCUGCCGAGGAUGCAGAUGCUGGGGAGAAUGGUCAGCUGACCUUCAGCGUUGUGGCUGGUGAUCCCGAACAGAAGUUUUACAUGGUAAGCCAUCGACAGGAGCAGCGUGGGACUCUUCGUCUCAAAAAGCGCCUGGAUUAUGAAAGGCCCGGUGAGCAGCGAUUUAACCUCACCAUUAAAGUGGAGGAUAUGGAGUAUUCCAGUCUGCUUCACUGCACCCUGGAGGUAGAAGACUGCAAUGACCAUGCUCCUGUCUUCAUUCCACACUUUCUACAGCUACCUUCUAUACGAGAAGAUGUUGCUCCAGGAACUACUUUGGCAAGUCUGGUCGCCAGUGAUUUGGACUCGGGGUUGAACCGGGAAAUCACUUAUAGCAUCGCUCCAGAGUCGGAUCCAUUCCAUCUGUUUUCUGUGGACCAAUCGGGGUUAGUCACUGUGGCCAGUGACUUGGAUCGGGAAAUGGUUGCACAGCACCAUUUGGUGAUAUUAGCAACAGACCACGGCACGCCACCUAUGACCGGCACAGCAACUAUCCAGAUGGCUCUGCUAGACGUAAAUGACAAUGGCCCAGAGUUCGAGGCAGUCUAUGCACCAGUAGUCUGGGAGAACGUUCUGGGACCACAGGUCCUGCGACUUAACCAGAGCUCCACUUUACUCCGAGCUGUGGACCGAGAUUCGCAAGAGAAUGGCUCACCCUUUUCUUUCUCUGUUCCUCUGGAGUAUCGAUACAGCAACGACUUCCACCUGCAGGAUAACGGUAAUGACACUGCCACCAUCACGGCCUUGAGAGCCUUUGACAGAGAGAGACAAAAGGAGUUCCUAUUGCCCGUCAUCAUGACUGACAGCGGCAUUCCAUCGAAGACCGUCACGAACACCCUCACUAUUACCAUUGGUGAUGAGAAUGACCACGCCCACACAGCUGGACUGAAGAAAGUGUUCAUAAACUGUCACAGAGGUAAAUUUAAAGGCAGAAUGCCCACCAAUGUGCUGGGAAAAGUCUACUCACCAGAUCCAGAUGACUGGGAUAACAAGACAUAUGCCUUCGAGGGACAUGUUCCUAAUAAUUUUGUCCUGAACAAGCGGACAGGGUUCCUCAUUAUAAAGGAAAACACACCACCCGGGAGUUAUGACUUUCAGGUGCUAGUCUCAGAUGGGAUAUGGCCAGACGUGGUCUCCAGCGUCAAGGUGAACGUGAGGGAGCUACGGGACGAUGCCAUCUACAACUCCGCCUCUCUGCGAAUAGCAGACAUUUCCGCCACCGAGUUCAUGGAACGUCGUGGCAAUCUGAAGAGCAGGUACGAGCUGCUGGGCGACUUCCUGGCAGACAUGCUGUCUGUUGGAGCAGACGACGUCAACAUUUUCAGUCUGGCAGAGGUGCGGGAUAGGACUCUGGAUGUACGGUUCUCCAUUCACAACGUCCCGUUUCUCAGGGCUGAGAAAGUACACGGAUACCUCGCUGCUCAUAAACAGAAACUACAAUCAUUUCUUCAGGUCAACGUGACCCAGGUUCAUGUAGAUGAGUGUGUGGAUGCUGACUGCCGGGGAGGAGGGGGCUGUACCAGCCAUCUGAGUGUGACUGACAAGCCAGCUGUGGUCGACUCGGGCAGCAUGGCACUGGUGUCCGUGACCGUGGAAGCUACAGCUGUCUGCAGCUGUUCGGCACGCGAACACUUUCACCAGGGCUGCUCCGUCUAUCCCAGAAACCCCUGCCACAACGGGGGAGUCUGUGUGGACACACAGAGUGGAUACAGAUGCCAGUGCCCAGCUCAGUUUGAAGGACCCGAGUGCCAGCAGACAAAACACAGUUUCCAUGGCAACGGCUAUGCUUGGUUUCCCCCUAUAAGGCCUUGCUUCGAAAGCCACCUCUCACUGGAGUUCAUCACAGAGGUGGCAGAUGGCUUGCUGCUCUAUAGUGGACCCGUCUCCCAGCUUCAGCCGUGGGAGCCAGAAGACUUCAUGGCUAUAGAACUGAUCGACGGCACCCCCACCCUGAAAAUCAACCACGGCUCGGGUACAUUGGUCCUGCAGUUGCCGGGCAACGUGAACGUAGCGGACAGACGGUGGCACAGACUGGACGUGAGAAGCAACAGCAAAGAGGUGCGUUUCACACUUGACCGUUGUGCAGGAGCCACAGUUAUGGAGAUGGAGGGUGUAGGCAGCUGGCUAACCACUGAAGACCACACUUCCUGUGAAGUCACUGGGGUCACACCAAAUAUGGACAAGCAUUUGAACAUGACUCAGGUGCUUCAGCUAGGAGGAGUGAAUGAGAAUCUGCCAUAUAUCUACCCACAGCUCCAACACAAGCACUUUACCGGCUGCAUCCGAAACCUUAUCGUGGACAGCAAGUUUUAUGACCUAGGUUCUCCAGCAGACUCCGUUGGCAGUACUCCGGGAUGUUUUAUGACAGACAGUAGCUGUGUGAAUAUGGGCUUUCCCUCCUGCGGGACCAGGGGCCGUUGCCAUGGCGAGUGGGGUUCCUUCAGCUGUCAGUGUAUACCGGGGUACACCGGGCAUCAAUGUGAAAAGGAGGUUCCAGAGUAUUCCUUUGAUGGAAGGAGUCAUGUACACUUUCAGCUGGCCUUCACGCUGCCAGGCAGGCACACGCAGGUUCAGGUUCUGGUUCGAACCCGCAAACACAGCAGCUCUGUUCUCAGCCUGCUGUCCAAAGAACAAAAUGAAUAUGUCAAAUUGGAGAUCUACCAGGGUCUGUUAACCGUCUUCUACAACCUUGGCGAUGGGGACUUCAACCUGACGAUGCCCUCGUAUCGUGUAGACAAUGGAGAAUGGCAUGAUGUUCAUUUAGAUCGCCAUGACAAUGAGUUGACCCUGCGGCUGGACGGUGGGGGUGGAAGACGAGAGGUCACGGGCUCACCGGGUCGCAGUCGAGAGAUUGUUAUCGAUCCAGCUGUGGUGAUGCUGGGCAACUCAUUCCCCUCAGGACACAACAAGAGCUUUCAAGGCUGUAUUCGAGACCUGAGACUCAGCGGGCGAUAUAUUCCUCUGGAGGGUCAGACUAGAGAAGGCGUGUCAGUGGUCAGUUCUCAGGGUGUGUCUUUGGGCUGUUCCUCUGAUUCCUGCAGGAAAAACCAAUGCAGCCCCCCAUUCACAUGUGUGGACCUGUGGAGAAUUCAUGAGUGCAGGUGUCCACCUGGUCACAUGGUCAAGGCAAAUUCCACAGGAAAGUUCUGCGUGUACACACUCUGUGCCAGUCGUCCGUGCCACAGGGGUACUUGUGUGGCACAGUCCCCCUCCAAAUUCACGUGCCACUGUCCAGAGGGCUACCGCGGCCGGCAUUGUGAGGUCACGCUGGCCAUCUACCAUGAUGACGUGGGACUCAGUUUCAGCUCACUCUUUGCCAUAUGCAUCUGCUUUAUGGCCCUACUAGUGCUGCUGUUGGGGAUUUUCCUGUACACACGCUGGCGUAGCUAUAAGGGGCUGAAGGAGGGGGUGUAUCACGUGUCCGCUCACCAUGACGGCUGGGAGGACAUCCGAGAGAACGUUCUCAACUAUGACGAGGAGGGCGGCGGAGAGGAAGACCAGAACGCCUAUGAUAUGGCAGAGCUCCAAAAGUCUCUGCAGCCCAGUCCAGCUCAGUCGGUGCAGUACAGCCGAUCCCGAGCCAUCCACCACCACCCGCCUUCUCAGCAGCAACAGCAACACUUUUGCCAGCCUGACCCUCCCUCUAGACCGGGCACUGGGACCACCGCAUCCUCCUCCAUGUCCUCCAGCACCACCACCACCACCGUCCGCCGGGACGUGCCUCCUUCCCGGUCACCGGCUCAAGGCCAGACCGCAAACACCAGCCGAGCGGCUCAGCUGGCCCGCAAGAGCCUGUCCUUCUCCAGCCAGGACCUGGCCCGCUACCUGUGUGAAAUCAUCCGCGACGCCGACCAGCACCCAGAGACGGCGCCCUUUGACUCUCUGCAGGUCUUCUCUACCGAAGGGGGCGGCUCGCUGGCCGGGUCGCUGAGUUCCUUCAGCUCCGCUGGGCUGGAAGAGGGAACGGCGGGUCACGAGAGUCUGAAAGAGUGGGGGCCGCGCUUUGAGAAGCUGAAAGCCCUGUAUGAACGGGCGGAGGGCAGCGACCUCUGAGAAAGCACUGGGACGAGUUCAUGCAGUCAGAGGGGAGGAGGGAGACCACGACAAACUUUUCUAGAAAACCAGAGGGAUUUUUCUCAUUCUGAAAACGCCUGCUUUUGGCUCGCUCUGGUUGCGUUACUUUAUAUUGGAUGCUCUUCCUGUGUCCAGAACCAGAUGACAUCUGGGACUCUCCAUGAGCAACAAAUGGGAAGUGUCAAUCCAAGAAACGAGUUGUGGUCAUGGCAAUUUCUAAGCCCAGUACGGGCGUCUUUAUUACAGUGACUUGCGGCUGACAAUGAUUUCAGUGAAACCAUUCGUUGUCUUUGUAACUGACAGUGGCGAAGCGCCUCGGACGUGCUUUGGUAUGAACUUUCCUGAUAUCCCGUUCUAUAUGUCUGUAUGGUCUAUGUGUUCUUAAAUAAAAGAAAGAGGGGAAGAAAAAUAAACCAACGUGACUGGGAGGGUUUUCAUUGACCAGUUUCUGAAAUCAGUUUGCUGCUUGUUCUUUCAGAGUGGCCACUUGUGUUCAUCAAUCAUAACUUCGGAUACCGUCAGGGUUUUUUCCGUUUGCCCAACCCUCUGCAUAAAUCCUAUUCUCUUGGAAAAUGGAUGAAAGAAGCUGUCUAUGGGGAAAAAGACCAAUAAAAACCGAAGAUGUGUGGGGAAACACUCAAGAAAAUGAAACAGAAAGCAGCCUUAUUGUUUGGCAUUUUAAGAGACAUUCCUCGGGAAUACAAAUUGCGUCCUGUCUUUCCAGCCUAAAAGGAGUGAAGGAACAGCUGGAAUACAAAUGCGUCUACGACAGAGGAGGCUGGGGACAAGGUUGAGUGCCUAGCAUGAGGAAGAAAGUUUCAUACGGUUGAAAACUACGAAAAACUCUUGUGCUUUACUGAGCGGUAGCAUUGCAUACACAACCCUCAAGGUCCUCAAGAUUAAGUGACAUCUAAUAAGACAAAUAAAAGAUUAUGGGCGAUGGACUCAAACAUGAUAUUGAGCUCUGUUGAAGUGAGCUUAUCGUGAGUGGGAGUUUGCUUCCUUUUGAAAAUAUCCUGUUAUUAACCAAACCAGCUUACCCGACCGUAUCAUUAUUUCUUCUCCCACUAUAAAUAACCCAGAAGCGUCCUCAUACACAUCGCAUUAUUCACCGGCGCGGUGUACCUCAUGCGUUUAGCUCAUAAGAGACGUGCAGCUAAGGUAGCGUGUGCCGUCGGUGGCGGACCCUAACGUGUAACACGUAAUGGGCUUCUGAAGACGUGUGGUGAGCCGCAUGGGGUGAAGGGAAGGCAAGAAAAGCUUCUAUGUGCCGCUUUACCACUCUACAAAUGGUAUAACUAAAAGUCAUGUAGCCGCCCCCCACGAGGCCUCAAAUGCCAACCUUGUAUUUCAUGCAUUUUGAGGCAAUGUUCUUUGCCUUCCUUUUAUCAUUUCUUUUUUAUUAAAUUUUUUUUUAAAGGAAGAAUGUGCAGUAUGUGGAGCAUGACAGGCUGGCUGGGGAGAGUGGAGAGUAGGAGUGUGUUAAAAGACAUCAGAGUG